AUGAUCGCGCAUGAAAAGCGUAGACAAGACGAUGUAACUGCUUACCAAUGCUUAAUGAAGCAAGAAAAAAAUCCUCUUAUGAAUAAGGACAGUAGUGGCCAGAAGAAGAAUGUAAGAAAGAGGAUUCAAAAGCAUAGAAAAACAUCCAGAAAGCACAAAGAAUCAUCUUCAACAACGGUAAAUGAUGGAGACAAGGACAGUAUGAAGGCGUCAGGAAACCCUGUGACGGAAGCCAUCCUUAUUGCGGAUUCUGACGAGGAAACUGGCAAAAGUGAUGAUGGGGAAAAGGAAGAUAAAAAGCCUUUGGCUACAAAUGCAAAUAAAAUACAAUUAUUCAAGCAUGACUUAAGCCGUCUUAAACCCAAAAAAUGGCUAAAUGAUGUCUGUAUCGAAUAUGGUUUAGAUAUUUUGGUUCGAAAGUAUCACAAAACCCAGAACGUUGUUGUGUCUUCUCCUUUUUUCUUUCAAAAGAUACAGCAAGCCGAAAGACAUAAUUUGGAUGCCUAUACCGCGACAAGAAAUUGGUUCAACAAAGAUAUUUUCAAAAAUAAACUUUGGCUUAUACCUGUCAAUAAAUCAAAGUCAAUAAUCUGUGCCUUUGACUCUCUGAAUGGAGAUAAUGAUUGUAUUAUUGAUUAUAUUAUCAAUUUCAUGAAGCUGAAGUACAAGAAAGAGAAGAAUGCUGAAAUGGUGGCUCCUCUUGUUCGUAAAGUUCGUAUAGGAAAGCAAAAGAAUAGUUAUGAUUGCGGGUUACACCUGUUGCGUUCAGCAGAAAUGCUCCUUAAGAAGGGAUGCAAGACCAUCAAGCUGUUGAAGAGGGUUAAAGCAGAUAAGGUGGACGGAAAACAUUUGAAGGGUACGAUUAACAUAGAAAAAGAAUGGGAUACAAUUCCAGUUAUGAAGAGACGUCAAUUGAAAAAAGAUAUUCUAGCAUAUGCGCAAUUUUUGAACAACAAAUAA